AUGCAACUAUACAAGCACUUGUUCAAUGGAUACCAGAAGGGUUUAAGGCCAGUAAAGAACUGGAGAAAUAUCACAACUGUGUACAUAGAUGUUAGUGUAUAUGCAAUCCUAAAUGUGGAUGAAAAGAAUCAGUUUAUGACAACCUACAUAUGGUAUAGUCAGUACUGGACUGAUGAGCAUUUGAAGUGGAAUCCAGAAAUGUUUGAUGAUAUUCAGAGAAUUGCCAUUCCAACUAACAAAGUCUGGGUCCCAGAUAUACUUAUUCAAGAGCUUGUGGAUACAGGAAAAUCCCCAGAAACUCCUUAUGUUUAUGUCAACUAUGAAGGUACAAUAGAAAAUUCUAAACCCAUUCAAGCAGUGACAACUUGCAAACUGAGAAUAUUCUAUUUUCCUUUUGAUGUACAGAAAUGCAAUAUCACGUUUAGCAGCUGGCUUUUCACAGUUCAGGAUUUGAAUAUAACACUAAAGAGAUCUGCAGAGGAAGUGAAGAAGGACAGAAGGGUCUUUAUGAAUAAUGGAGAAUGGGACCUUCGUGGUGUGUUGCCAAAAUAUAAUUCCUUGAAGGAAGAUGGAGAAAGAUAUGCAGAGGAGGUUUUGACCGUGGUGAUCAGAAGAAGACCUCUUUUUUAUUUUGUGCACCUGAUUAUGCCUAGUGCAUUUCUCAUGGUUCUAGACAUCCUUGGAUUUUAUCAACCACCAGAAAGCGGAGAAAGAAUUUCUUUCAAGAUCACCCUGCUUUUGGGCUACUCUGUCUUUCUUAUUAUUGUAUCUGAUAAUUUACCUGUGACAUCCACGGGAACACCGCUGAUAGGAAUAUACUUUAUUGUCUGUAUGGCGCUACUUGUAAUCAGCGUGGGGGAGAGCAUUUUCAUAAUCCGAAUAAAUAAUAAGCAACAUCUACAGCCGAAAGUUCCCAAGUGGAUAGAGAGACUGGUCCUGGAGAAGAUCACUGGCUUACUGUGCAUCAGAAACCAAAAGAUGUUUAGGCCACCAAGGGCAUGUAGUUCACCUUCAUCACAGGAAGUGGAGAGAACCAGUACUGGUGAGAUGAAUUAUUUGGCAUUUUAUGUUUAAAAAAUCUAUAAAUGCAGUGGAGGUGGAGUAUAAAUGCAGAAUAAUGUACUUAAAAUAGUUCCAUUAUAUCCAGGUUGAUAAAAGGUGCAAUGUAAGGGGAGGUUAUCUAUGAAUGGAACUCAUGGUGCUUUCAUCAUAUUUCUACUUUACAUUGCGGGCAGCAGCAUGUAGGGCAGGGGUGUCCAAACUUUUUGCAACAAAGGGCAGAUUUAGUGAGGUGAAAAUGUGUGGGGGCCGGGCAUUCAGCCUGACAUCCAUUCCGAGGUAGCUUGCUUGCGAUCAGGAUCACUCACU